AUGGAGGAGGCAGGAGGGCCCCCGGCUCAGGGUGAGGCCCGAGUGGUGAGUACCAGGCUGACAUGGCGACAGCGGCCUCCUGCCCAGGAGGAAAUCAGACACCGUUUUCACAAGGUGUCCCUGGUGUCAGGGUCCCGGAUACAAGCCCCCCGGGAGGACACGUGCGAUUGCGAUCACAGCCACCAUGGAGAGAAUGUCAAUGGCUUUGCUGCACAGAAAGAAGAGACUGUGAAUCACCAAGGCCCCCAGGGAGGGGCUGGCUCCAAGAGCUUCCAGAGCCAUGGGCCUAUUUUCUCCAGGAAGUACACAUUACCCCACAGGGAGAAAAGGCUGCUGGGGAGGCUGAAAGAGGCUGUGGACCAGGGCAAUGGCAGCCCCCAAGACCCCAGGACUGAGCCACCAAGCCUGGGAGCCACGGCCAGGACUGAGUUUUCGGUGCCUUUGCCUGGGCCCCGUGAACCGAGCCCCCACCCAGGUGUGGGCCUUGAAGAACGGCAGGUGACACGCACUGUGAGGACCACUGUGGUGGUAGGAGGACACGUGGACCGACGGGUGAGCAGCUCUGUGACCUUGGAGCCAUCACUCCCUGGCAAGGCUCUGCCAAGGGGCCGCAGUGCUGUGCGCACGGUCCAGACAGUGGUGGUGAGCCCCAGAACUGAGGGUUCGCCAGGCCAAAGUCAGGCCCGGGAGCUGCUCAGUAGCCUAGUGCCUGCUGAGCGAAGCCCACCGGCCAGCCGGCUUCCCAGGCUCAUUGCUGCUGUGCUGAGGAGUCCAGGUCUGGGCAGUACAGGGAGCACAGCCCUGGGGCAGCUGCCUGAGAUGGAGUCAGUGCAGCCAAAAGACAGAUCUGCCCUGGCCCCUGCAGGCAUCUCAGAGUGUGCCCACCCACCUCAGAACGAGGAUGUCCCUGCCGCUUACCUAGAUCAAGACCAGGGCCGAGCCCUGGUUGCCCAUGAGGUCCCAAGGGUGCAGGGAGCCUCCAGCCCCACGCAGCUCCCUCUCCAGACCUCUCAGGACCACGUACCAGUGCCCUCCUCUCCCAGACUCCAGACCCACACCCCCUCCCUGGGACUAGUCCACCCCGCUGAGCAGCCUAUGGUGCCUACUCACCCCAGAGCUCAGCUCACUCUUGAUCCCAGGGAACCCCAGGCCCUGCCCUCUGUAAAAAGGGAAGGGCUCCCAGAUUCCAUGGUAAGGAGUGAGGUUGUUACGGUCCCUGAUAUGGUCCCUGGACAACCUCUUCCAUCCUCUACAAGAAGGAAGGCUGUCCCCAGCCCAGGAAAUCUUUCUGCUCCAUCUUCCCCAAGGAAUAAGGUUGUUCAGGACUCUGAAAAUGUCCCUAUCUUCUCCCUUACCCAGAAAGAGAUAGUGCAGAGCUCUGAUUUUCCUGCCGAACCAUCCUCCAUCCAGAAAGAGGCUGUGCAGGGUCCUAGUGCUCCUGCUGCCUCGUCCCCCAAACCAACCAAGGUUGUUCAGAGCCCAGAAGGCAGGCCUAGCACCGAGAAAGAGGCUGUCCAGGGCAUUGAAGGCAGCCUUGUCCCUUUCCUCACCAAGGAAGUGUCCAUUCAAGACCUGACUGCUCCUGCUGUCCCACUCCCUCAGAAGGAUGAGGUUGUCCAGAGCCCUGAAGGGAGCCCCAUCUCAUCUUCCACCUCAAAAGAGGUGGUCCAGGGCCCUGGUGCUUCUGCUGCCCCAUUUUCCACCGAGAAAGUGGUUGUCCAGGACCCUGCUGUUCUCCCAGCUCCCUCCUCAGUGGGCAAGAUGCCCCCCAGCCCAGGAGGCCCCCCUGCCCCAGUGCCGAUGGGAGCAGAGGCCAGCCUGGAGUCCCAGCUUGUUCCUGACUCCACUGAGGGCAAGGUGGUCCCAGAGCCAUCGAGGGAGGACGAGGUGGCCCUGGCGGCUGACCUGGAGAUUUUCUUGGAUACCCUGCGGAGCAUGGAGCCCCCCAAGAUCCUUCACACUCACCGGUUGCCACGAGCCCCCCGCUCUUCUUACCUGGCCAUGUAUGCCACGCUGCCUGCCAUUGAGGAGGACCAGCCUGGGCCAUGGGUGCUGGAACACGGCCCCCAGGAGGUGCCCACACCGGAAGAAGAAGAGGAGGAGGAGGAGGAGGAGCCAGAGAACCCCUACCUGAGCGAUGACGAGAAGCUCCAGCGCAGGAAGGAGAAAGCUGGGCCCAGCCUCUCCUGGGACUCCCGCCCAACCCGGCCCCCCGAGGCCUCUUACUCUCCUCUGGAGAUGAUGAAGAAGCAUGUCACAGAUGCUAAGGGCCCCCACUCAGAGCCAGAGUGGCAGGUGGGCAGCAGGCCCACUUCCCGUCUUGGAGGCAGCCUUCUCUUUGGUGGUCUGGAACCACUGGGCACAAAACUAUCUGCUCUGGCCCCCCACGGGGCACCAGGUCUCAGGAAGGUGCCAGGACAGCUGCCCCUGCUCUGCAGUGAAAGGCCGCCACCAGAGAAGCCCACAUGUACCAGGCCCCCUGAGGGCUGGAGUCCAGCAUCGAAGACCCAGGGCAAACUGAAUACCAGGCCUGGAAAGAUGAUCCUCUUCUCGGAGCCCGGCUGCCAAGGCAGCAGCAGGGAGGUUUGGGAAGACACUGCCGAUGCCUCCAGCUGGGCCCACGUGGCCUCCAUAAGGGUGGUUCGAGGCUGCUGGCUGCUGUAUGAAGAGCCGGAGUUCCGGGGCCAGAAGCUGAUUCUGCCUGAAGGAGAUGUGGAGCUCGGAGCCUCAGGGCCAGCGUGGAGUACCCAAGGCAUCGGCUCCCUGAGGAGGGCUGUCCGAAACUAUAUUACCUCGGAAAUCAGCCUGUACUCUGAGGAGGGUUUCAAAGGGGAGCAAGUGAAGCUAACUGAGGCCUUGGAGGACCCCCAGAGCCUGGGGAGGCCGCUACAGGUGUCAUCUGCCACUGUCUCUGCAGGACUGUGGCUGCUGUACCCCAAACCCUUCUUUGAAGACACUCCCUGCAUCUUGGAGCCUGGAGAGUACCCCACUUCAGAGGCCUGGGGUACAUCAAACCCCAGCGUGGGUUCCCUGAAGCCCAUGAGAUUGGGCUGCCCAAGAGUGGAGAAGCCAGGGGAGCCCAAGGCUGUGGUGUAUGAGGCCCCAGGCUUUCAAGGCCGGAGCUGGGAAGUGAGCAGAGACAUCUACAACCUUCAGCAGCCAGAGGACAGCCACAGCCCCCACCUGGCUUCCGUGGGGUCCCUGCAAGUUCUUGGUGGCUGCUGGGUAGGCUAUGAGAAGGAGGGCUUCCGGGGCCACCAGUAUCUGCUGGAGGAGGGCGAAUAUGCUGACUGGUCACACUGGGGGGGCUAUGAUGAGACGCUGACCUCCCUGCGGGUCAUCCGGACGGACUUUGCGGACCCGGCCGUGGUGCUGUUUGAGGCCAUGGACUUCGAGGGGCACGGCGUAGAAGUGAGCGAGGCACUGCCGGACUUGGAGCUGGCGCGACACGGCCCGCACACGCAGGCUAUCCACGUGCUCAGCGGCGUGUGGGUGGCCUAUCAGGAGGUGGGCUUCUCCGGCGAACAGUACGUGCUGGAGAAGGGCGUGUACCGCAACUGCGAAGACUGGGGAGCGGGCAACAGCGCCCUCGCCUCGCUGCAGCCGGUCCUGCAGGUUGGGGAGCACAAUCUGCACUUUGUCUCAAAGAUUCAGCUUUUCUCGGGCCCCAACUUCUUGGGAGACCACAUCUCAUUCGAGAAUGACCAGACCUCUCUUCCCGCCUCCUUCCAGCCCCAGUCCUGCCGUGUCCACGGCGGCAGCUGGAUCCUGUUUGAUGAGAAGAACUUUGAGGGUGACCAGCACGUUCUCUCCGAGGGCGAGUUCCCCACCCUCACGGCCAUGGGCUGCCUAGCCUCCACAGUCCUGAGCUCUCUCCGGAAGGUACCCCUGCACUUUUCAGAGCCCUCCCUUUUCCUAUAUGGCCUGGAAUGCUUCGAGGGGAAGGAGAUUGAGCUCAAUGGGGAGGUGCGGAGCCUGCAAGCUGAGGGCUUCAACAACCACGUGCUGUCUGUGCGGAUCCAGGGGGGCACCUGGGUGCUGUGUGAGCACAGUGACUUCCGAGGCCGCCAGUGGCUGGUGGGCAGCUGCGAGAUCACCAACUGGCUGACCUACAGUGGGACCCAGAGGGUGGGUUCCCUCUACCCCAUCAAGCAGCGCCGGGCUUAUUUCCGCCUCUGGAAUGCGGCACUGGGAGGCUUCCUGGCAGUGCCGGACCAUGUGGAGGACAUGAAGGCGGGCCGUGUGGUGGUCUCUGAGCCUGGAGCCGGAGGCAGCUGCAUCUGGUACUAUGAAGAUGGGCUGCUGAAGAACCAGGUGGCUCCCACCAUGAGCCUGCAGGUGAUUGGGCCCCCCAGCACAGGCUCCAAGGUGGUGCUGUGGGCUGAGAGCCGCCUUCCCCGCCAGACGUGGAGCAUCAACGAAUCGGGCCACAUCUGCAGCCAGAUGUUCGAAGGCCGGAUCCUAGAUGUGAAGGGUGGCCGGGGCUAUGACCAGGACCAUGCAGUGCUGUGGGAGCUGACCAAGGACAGGGUGUCCCAGAUCUGGACUGUCCAUGUGCUUUGACACUCCCCUUUUCCAGCCCUGGCGGCUUUCCCUGGGAUGAAAUGUUUGUAUAGGUUUUGUUGUUGUAAAAUAAGUUGUUUUCUAAUAUGCUGUCAGUAUCCU